AUGCAUAUCAACACCUUGGUCAAGGUUGAUGAACUCAUGAGAAACUUCAUAGAUGCCACCAAGGCAUUCAGCGAGCAAUGCCAGCUUGGAUAUUCGGUAUCAUCGAGUGAGGUCGCCCCAGCGAGGCAGAACUUGCUCACGCUUCUGGCGGAGCUGCAGGUUCUGUUAUUCCAGCCCACCAAUUUCCUUCGCAGUUUAGCAAGUCAGGUCCAAAUACUUGCAUGCCUUCAGUGGUUGGGGGAUUUUCAAGCGCUUGCCUGCAUUCCGUUGAAUAACAGUGUCCAAAUUCAAGUAAUUUCCGACGUUAUUGGCGUGCCAGAAGCACAGUUGAGCCGCAUACUGUGCAUGAUGACCACGGCUGGAUUUCUUUACGAGCCACAGCCAGGCUACAUCGCACACACUCCCCUCUCAGCCAGUUUCGUCACUCAGCCGUCUCAUCUGGAUGCCGCUCUGUUCCUAGCGGGGACGGCCGCCCCUGCUGCGUUGAACAUGACUGUAGCCACAAAGAGCUACGGCCAUUCUGAUAGCCCCAGUGCAUGUGCUUACUCGAUUGCUUUCAACACAGCACAAUCUUUCCAGUCGAGCUGUGGCACUUGUCCAAAAUUGAAGAGGCAGUUUGCCGCCUAUACUCGUCAUAUGGAUCCCACCGACGACGGAACUGCUACCGAGCUACUGGGUCGGCUUGAUUGGCCCAAAUUAGGCAACGCGCGAGUUGCGGACGUAGUUGCCGAGUCCAUAUCACCCGUUUCAGCACUGGCAAAGCUCUACCCGUCAUUGAACUUUAUCGUGCAAAUGGACGACACCACAUCUGCAUCCAGUGGCUAUGCGAUGAACAACCAGCUGAUGGACCGCAUCUCGGUGCAGCAGCGAACCAGUGGACAGCAACAAGUCGUAAAGGAUGCCGCGGUAUACAUGGUACGCUUGACAUCGUCAGUUCUGGUGACGCCCUUUUCGCAGCUUCGUAAGCAGAUUCUGGCGGAGCUGGAGGCACAUGUAAAGGUUUUGAGCGCAAACCCAGCGGCUACCUUGAUCUUACAGGUGAGGGUUCUUCCUAAAACCACGUCUCUUGAACACUAUGGACCAGGCACUGCUCGUGUCCUUGAUCUGUCUCUGCUGCAGUUAGGAAGUGAUCGCCCAAUGGAAAUUACCGACAUCUUUGCUUUGGUGGAAGACGUUCAUCAUGAUGGAAGUGGCAGGCUCGUCAUUGUGAAGAAUAUGUGUGUGCAGAAUAAUGAUUUCGUCGUCCUAGGAGUGAAGUACCAAGCUGGAUCUUAUAUACAAUAA